UGUUCUGUUCGCUGUCCAUACAAUUUUUUAAUACUCCCCCAUUUUCAUCUCUCUCUCUCUCUCUCUCUCUCCUUCUUGGAGUCUUCUUUCUCCAGCCAAGCGGAGAGAGAGCACACUGAAAUCACCUCAAUAUUCAUUUAAUUUUUUUCUCUUAAUUUUUUCAUCAGUAGUCGUUUGAUUCUCAGGGCUCAUUUCCAUCGGGGUUGCAAGAUUCGCAGGCUCAAAAUUCUUGGCUGAUUUCACGCGACAACUGAUUCUUGCUACAUUUCCGGGUUUUUUUGUAAGAGAUCUGAGGAUUUUUUUCUUCUUUCUUUCACAAUUUCAGCUCCAAGCCCACAUAGUUGAAUUCCUUCCGCCGACGGUCCGUCUCCGGCGAUCUUUUUUUACCGCUCAAGAUUCACGGGUUUGACUUUGUUUUUUCUUUUUCUGUUUAAAGUGAAAAAAGAACACAAAAAUCCGUUUGGUUUGUGUGGUUGUUACCUGCCAUUAGAUACAGUUACUGAUGCUGUUGUAAGAAUUAGGAUAGAGAUUCUUUGUAUGGACGCGUGGCUACGGCGUUGCAUUCGUGUAAUGCUGAGGUUCAGAAGUCCGUAAAAGAGCUUUGGCUUUCCCUCGGAGGUUUGGUAUUUUUUUCGAUUUGUCUGAUUUUGUGAGAUGGGCUAUGUAUGAAUUAACUCCAGAUCAACUUGGAGUCAGUGCUCUGAUCUGCUGAGCUCUCAAUCUUCUCGAAAUUUCAACCGCCUGUUAGCGGCUAUUUAACCAGGCAGCCAACUCAGAGGUUUUUGGUGUUGUACGAGAAUCGAAAAAUGAUGCGGAUGAGGACCAAGAACGACUACUUGCCGCCACAAACCAAUGGUGACGAUUUGGGCAGGAGCGGAGAUGGAGGCGGCGGCGGAGGCCGCAGUGGAGGUGGUGAGAAAGAGUGGGAGCUUAGGCCCGGCGGAAUGUUGGUCCAGAAGCGGACGGACGUGGAUCAGAACCGCGUCCCACCACCAACCAUUCGCGUGCGUGUCAAAUACGGGUCGAUAUAUCAUGAAAUUCGCAUCAAUUCACAAGCCACCUUCGGAGAGUUGAAGAAGAUGUUAACCGGGCCGACAGGGUUGCACCACCAGGAUCAGAAGCUGUUCUACAAGGACAAAGAGAGGGAUUCAAAUGCGUUUCUUGACACAUCAGGAGUGAAGGACAAAUCCAAAAUCGUGCUUCAGGAGGAUCCAAUUAGCCAAGAGAAACGCUACCUAGAGAUGAGGAAGAAUGCUAAAAUGGAAAAGGCUGCAAAGUCCAUCUCAGAGAUCAGCUUGGAAGUGGAUAGGCUUGCAGGGGAGGUGUCUGCACUUGAAUCUGUAAUUUCUAAAGGUGGGAAAGUUGCUGAAAAGGAUGUGGUGAACCUCAUUGAGUUGUUAAUGAAUCAGUUGCUUAAAUUGGAUGGCAUCAUUGCUGAUGGUGAUGUCAAAUUACAGAGGAAAAUGCAGGUGAGAAGAGUGCAAAAGUAUGUUGAAACUCUAGACAUGUUGAAGAUCAAGAACUCGAUGCCACCGAGCAAUCAAGUCCCCUUGCAGCAGACGUCCACUCAACCACACCAACAGCAGAGGUACUCAAACGGGCACGUCUCAUCGCCCGUCCAGCCACAGGCAAUCAAACAAGCCAGGCAUUCUUUUGGGCAUUCAUUAAUUGAUUCACCAAACCAACACCAGCAACCGUCGAGGCACUCCGCCUCGGGUGCCUCUGUGGUAAUAACAACACAAUGGGAGACGUUCGAUACUAUGCCAGCACCAAUGGGCAGUGCACCUUCAACAUCGACAACGGGAACGAGCGCGACCCGUCCGGCACAACCGAGUUUUACAUGGGAUUUGCUUUGAGUAGGUAGUAGGCCAAAGUAUAUGUGCAUUUUGGGUUUGUUUGCUCAGUUGGUUUGGUAUCUAUUCUCCAUUCUUUUCUGUAUUUAGAGUUUUGUUAGAAUCCCCUAAAUUUCUUGUGUCAUUUGCUUCUCUGAAAUAAAUGGGGCUACUGUUAUAAUGACUGGUGUUUACACUACAUGAUGAGAUUGGUGCUUUCUCCAUCCACCCCCCAUUUGAACUAAUUUUCCACUUGUAUUGUUUCUGCUACUCAACAUAUUACCAUUCUACA